UUAAGAAAAAGAGAGAUGAAGGUACGUUUUUUCUUCAUCCUAGUUCUCCAUCUUUCCUCAAAAUAUGAUUCGAAAAUUGUAUCGACAGAGCCGUUUAAGAUAUCUACUAGAAGAAACAUCUUGUCCCCAGAAAAAGUCUUUGUGUUUGGUUUCUUUAAACCGUCAACAACUUCCGGAGUAGCUGACCGCUGGUAUCUCGGCAUAUGGCACCACAGGUUUCCUCAGGAAGUCGUAUGGGUUGCGAAUAGAGACAACCCAAUGUCGAAGCCCGUAGGAACCCUCAAAAUCUUGGAUACGAACCUGGUACUCCUUGAUCAAUACGGUACCCGCGUCUGGUGGACCAAUAGGACUAGCACAAAUCUCAUGAAAUCACUAGUGACUGGAGAGCUUCUUGACAGCGGAAAUUUCGUGUUAAGGUACUUUAACAACGACUUAUCAACUGGGUGUUUGUGGCAGAGUUUCGAUUUUCCGACGGAUGCUUUAGUGUCCAAUAUGAAACUAGGGUUUGAUGCCAAAUCGAAUAUAAAUAGGGUAUUGGAAUCUUGGAGAAGCUCGGAUGAUCCGUCAUCAGGAGAAAUCACCUAUGGAGUGGAACGUCAUGAGCUCGUGCAGAGUGUCAUUCGGAAGAAGGGUAUGCCAACAUUCCGGAAUGAACCCUGGAAGAUUAAAAAUGAGAGUGGAAAUUUCACCUACGUGACGUACAACAUUACCGUAACCAAAGAAGAGGCCACAUAUUUCUUCACUAUCACUAAUAAAACCUUCUUUUCCAUAUUGAGAUUGUCCUACAACGGCGUGUUGAAGCGGUCAACUUGGGUUCCAAAACCACAACAAUUGUGGAAACGCGUAGAUCGUAUACAACAAGUGUGGACCUAAUGGUAUAUGUGAUACAAGCAGAUCACGAAUCUGUGGUUGCAUUCAUGGAUUUAAGCCGAGAGACCAAGAAGCAUGGGGUUUUCAAGACUGGACAGGUGGGUGUAUGAGGAAGACUAAGUUGAAUUGGGUUUGAGAAGCUUAGGAAAAUGAAGUUGCCGGAUAUUACAAAGUCUAUUGUGGACAUGACUAUUGGGUUGAAGGAAUGCAAAG